AUGCCUCCUAAAGAAGAAAAGUCAGCGAACGACAGCAAGAUGGUGACACCAGUGACAAUGCUUCAAACGACGAAUGUUCCAGAAUUUAACCCGAAUGUGGAGUCGUGGAAUGUUUGGAAGGAACGUUUGGAGAUACAUUUCUGUGAAGUGAAUUGCACAGAUGAUAAUGUAAGGAAGUCGAUUUUAUUAAAAUCAAUUGGUGCCGUUCCAUACAAAGUUCUACACAGUUUGUGCAGUCCAGCUACUCCCGUGUCAAAAUCAUUUAAAGAGUUGUGUGAAAUAUUGGACACACAAUAUACUCCACCUACUAUUGUAUUUAGUGAGCGGAAAAUAUUUCAUAUUUCAACGAAGCAAGAAAGUGAAUCUGUGGCGGAAUGGUAUGGUCGUGUAAAGAUGUUGGCACUUAAUUGUAAAUUUGGGGUCAAUUUAGAUGCAUUUGUGUUAAACCAACCAAACCCAUUGCCAAAUUUCAUCUUUGAAAGACUGUGUGAAGAAGAUGAGAAUCUCACAAUUCAAAGUGCAUUAAGAAAGGCGAUGAUAUUAGAGACGAAAUGCAUAAUAAAGGGAGGAAAAGAAGAAACUGCAGUGAAUUUUGUCAAGAAGCAAAAACAUCAGAAGCAGAACAACGGUAGUGGUAACAGCAAUAGAGGCAAUAGCAGUAGUGACAACAGAGGUAAUGGUGGCAACAGCAACAGAGGCAAAUGGGGAAGCAGCAACAGAGGCAGUGGUGAUGGUGGCAGCAACAGAGAUGGUGGCAGAGAUAACAGAGGCGAUGGUGAGAGAAAAUUUCCUUGUCCUCACUGUGGUUGGCGAAAUCAUGCAUCUCAGUCAUGCAAAUACAAAGAUAGCAAGUGUCAUUCUUGUGGAACAGUUGGUCAUUUGGCGUCUGUUUGUUACAAUAAAAAGAGAAGUGUUAAUUAUGUAUCUAAUGAUAAUGAUGAUGAACAUGAUAAUAAUGAUUUGUUUAAUCAUUCAAUUUUUAGUGUGGCUGAGCGAAAUUCGUUUGACGUGUAUUCUCUUCCAGUCGUUAUUGAUGGAGUUAAAUUAAAUGCUGUUUGUGACACAGGUGCACCAUGCACUUUGUUGCCUUUGUCGUUUUACGAGAAUAAUAUUAUGGAAAAGACUCUCCGACCAUGCAAUAUUCCAUAUGUUGACUACAGUGGUGAUAGAUUGAAGCUGGUUGGCGAAUAUGAUGCGUCGAUUACUUUUAAAGGUAAUACAAAAACUGUUGUUGUUGUUGUUGUUGUGGAUUCUGCAAACCCUCCAUUGCUUGGUCGUACGUUUUUACGUUCUUUUAAUUUCGAAUUAUUGCAAAUAAACAAUAUUAAUUUCGAAAAUAAUAAUGCUGCGAUCGUCGAACAAUUGAAGAUUAAGUUCGUCGAGGUUUUUGAAGAUAAGUUGGGUGAAUUUAAAAAUUCGGAAAUUUGUUUAAAGGUUGUUGAAAAUGCAACACCAGUAUUUUGCAAACCCAGACCUUUGCCAUUAGCAUGGAAGGCUAAAGUUGAGAAACAGUUGCGAGAUUUAAUCAGUUCAGGUGUUCUUGAACCUGUUGACAACUCCGAUUGGGGUACACCUUUAGUACCAGUUUUGAAACCCAACGGUGAUUUGCGGAUAUGCGGUGAUUAUAAAAUCACAAUUAACAAGUUUUUAGAGGAUUUUAAAUAUCCUUUACCCAGGAUAGAUGAGAUUUUUGCAUCUUUACAGGGUGGUGAAAUUUUCACAAAGCUUGAUUUGUCCAAUGCGUACAAUCAGCUAAUUCUUGACGAUGAGUCAUAA